AUGUACAAGCCAGUGUUUUACGCUGUUAAUUCGCGACUUCGAGUCUGGGGUGUGCUGGAUUUGCGAUGUGCAUCGAGCGGGUGUCAGGUAAGCUCUCAUGGCCGUGUCUCGACUGCCACCGGCAAAGUUUACUUUGGGCAGGCAAACGACUCAGGAUACCUCAAGGUGAGUGUUGAUGGCCAGCACUACUAUGUGCAUCGUCUAGUGGCCACAGCAUUUCUGGGUCCGCCACCGGAUCCGACGUGUUGGCAGGUGAACCACAUAGACGGCAAUCCGGCAAACAACCUUCUGACAAAUCUGCAAUAUGUAACUCCAGCCGAGAAUCAGAGGCAUGCGUGGGCAAACAACCCGAAUCGACAGCCGGGCAAAGCCGUCCUGUGGCGUCCUUUUGGCAUGCAGGCUUGGACAUUCUCUGCCUCGCAAAGUGAAGCUGCAAGGUUGCUUGGGCUCUCAGUGAACGCCGUGUCAAAGUGUUGUCGUGGCUUCGCCCGGAAGUCGUGUGGACAUGGGAUUUGGUACGAGUUCCAAUCAGCCGCUCUGGCUGAAGACAGCUUCCUGCCGGGUGAAAUCUGGCAGCCUGCCCGUUACCCAGGAUUGUCGGGCGUUGUUCCAAACUUGAUGGUAAGCAGCCAUGGCAGGGUUUCGAAGGUCGGAUCUCUUUCCGACACUGUCAGUCGCGGGUGCCGCAUGAAGAGUGGUUAUUUUAUUGUCUGCAGGGCUCAGAAGAAUUGGCUUGUACACCGUGCAGUGGCCGCGACCUUUCUUGGUCAGCCAGACAUUCCAGACAUGCAGGUCAACCACAAAGACUUUGAUCGAGGGAACAACCGCGUGCAAAACUUGGAAUUUGUCUCAAGUUCAGAGAACAUCGCACAUUCGUGGCAAAGGCGGUCUGGAAAUGCACGCAGCCAAGCUGGCAAGGCCGUUCAAGCCUGCUCGAUUGCCUGCGACUCGUCUACGGGCCCUUGGCUGGAAUUUGAUUCAAUCGCUGCUGCAGAGCGACAUACAGGUAUCUACUGGGCCAAAAUCGAUCGCAUCUGCAGGGGACUUGUCCCUGGUGCCGGCUGGGACUUCAAGUUUGUUGAAGACCUGCAGAUUCCCGGUGAGGAGUGGCGGCCUGUGGUACUCGAAGGGGCGCUGGACGGAAGCCAGCCAGGCGUGGACGCAGGUCCUAGAGCUUGCGACGCCAAUGUUCGGCGCAG